AUGUCAGAAUCUGGCAAAGGAAAAGAGGAAACGAGCGACGAGCCCUCACCCGAUGUCAAGGACAACCAUCUUGCAAGCGGUCACGCUAUGACAAGCGGAACGGGUGCUACUACGCCGGGGACAUCAGUCAUCUUGCAUAUCCCACCUCCCACAGCCAAUGGAGGUCAUGAAAUCAUCGAUCUUGAGCGCUGCCUUCCCAUCACUCCGAUCCGACAACUGCAUAGCGAAAUGGCACUUGCCGCAACCCAAACCCCGCUUCUCCGUCAUCUAUCCCGCACUCGAGACGCCGCACGACCAGAGGAGGACUUUGACCUUAAGCCAAUCGAAGCUCACGAAUUUACACCAAUCCGAAGGCACCGCCGCCCUAACCCGCAGCUCCCUAAUCUAGGAGAUUACUAUGCCGAUGAUGGAGACAUUCAGGAUCUUCUGGAUAGCAAACCAAAGCCAGGAUCUGGCCGAUCGCGGAUAUCACUAGAGGCAUGA